GCCCGCCCACCUAUGUCUCUCUCAUUUUCCACUUCACUUCCGCCAUUCCACUACCUCGCAAACCUCUCCAAAAACGACACCGUCUUAAUCACGAGCACACCGUCAACCGCUUACUUUUCUCCAUGGAAACCGACGAGACCGAUCGCGUGCUUCCUUUCCAACUUCAAUUCGAUAAACCGGUCGCUUCUCAGGUUAAAAUCGCAGAGUGGAAUCCUGAAAAGGAUUUACUCGCAAUGGUAACUGAAGACUCCAAGAUUUUACUCCAUCGAUUCAAUUGGCAGAGGUUAUGGACUAUCUCCCCUGGAAGGAACAUUACAUCAUUGUGUUGGCGACCGGAUGGUAAAGCGAUUGCCGUUGGUCUUGAAGAUGGAACCAUUUAUUUACAUGAUGUUGAGAAUGGCAAAUUGUUGAGAAGCUUGAAGUCUCAUACCGUUGCAGUUGUGUGUCUUAAUUGGGAGGAGGAAGGACAACUUAUUAGAGAUGACUCUAAAAACUCCUCAUCAUAUGAAGACCGCACUUCCCGUUUCUUUCCUCCUGCUCCUAGGGUCCCCCGGAUGCCUGGAGUAGUGUCUGGAGAUACUGGCUUCAUGGAUGACAGUGAAGAUUCAUAUAGAGAGCUGUCAAACUCUUCGUACCAACGCUUUAAUAUUCUGUGUAGCGGAGAUAAAGAUGGAAGUAUAUGCUUUAGCAUAUUUGGUAUAUUUCCAAUCGGAAAAAUUAAUAUACACAAGUUUUCAGUUCCAACCCCCUUUAUUGAUAAGCAGACCCCUCGUCAAAUUUUGAAUUCUUCCAUUUACAAGGUUUCUCUGUCGAAAGACCUCUGUCGUUUGAUUGUCAUGUGCUCAGGAGAACUUAAUGAAAACACAGAAUCAAGAGAAAGCCAAAUGGUCAAGCAGGGUAUGCAUAGCUUAGUGCUCGAUACUUCUAUAUUUUGGAAGAGGAAAAGUGAGCUCCAUCAAUUGGCUCAACAAGCUUCCAAUAUUGAGGACUUAACUGAAGUUAUCAGGGCGUCUUUAUCAGUUAUGUGCAAGCAGUGGUCAGAUGCCAUGCACACAUUUCAUGAGAAAUUUGAUUCUCUGUCUACCCUGAUUAUUGACCAUGCACUGGACUCUACUCCACAAGAGGAAUUUCUCAGCCUUUUAGGGGGUGCUCGGACCAGUUCAGCAGUACAUCAAUUUCUAGUUAACUCCCUUGGUGAAGUGGGUGUGAAGCGCGUGUUAAAGGUCAUUUGUGGGACAGCAAAAGAACUUCAGCGCAUUGUCCUUGAUCAUUUACAGCCUGCUGCAGAAAUUAUUGGAUUUAGAAUGGGAGAGCUAAGAGGCCUUUCCAGAUGGCGUGCACGCUACCAUGGUAUUGGUUUGGAUGAGAUGCUUAUUAACAAUGCAACAGAAAAAUCUGGUAUGAUACUAGUGCAGAUUGAACGGUUUAUGAGGGUCCUUUCAUCUGUGGAGCAGCAGUUUUCAAAUUUCUUCAAUUGGCUUCUUAAAUGUAUAAAGCUGCUUAUGCAAGAACCCAGUGACCAGCUUCUUCCAUACAAUAGUGAACUUGUUGUCAUAUUCUUGAAGUUCUUAUACGAUCAGGAUCCAGUUAAGCAGUUGCUGGAAGUUGAUCAUGAUAUUGAAGUUGACUUAGAAACAAUGCAGAGAGUUAAGGAAUUAGUUCAGUUUGGGGGAUUUUCAGAUUGUGAAUAUCUGCAAAGAACAUUGGCUAAAGAAUUCCAGCAAAUGGAGGACAGCUUCAAGGAAGCUUUCCUGAUGCCCUUUACUACCAUAUCAAGAAAGAUGCUAUGUGAGGAUUUGCUGCCACUGUUUCCUCUUCCAUCUUCAUCUUCAUCAGCAUCUGUAUCUAUGGCAAUUCCCAUGUCAAUAUCAUACUAUGAGGAUGCUUCUCAAGCUGUUUCAUCUAAUCAGACAUGUCAACACAGUUUUGUUGACUAUGUAUGCUUCCAAGUACCUGAUGAGCCAUUUUCAGAUAUUGCAAACUGUAUAGGCGUAAUAAGAGGAUUUACGCAUGACUUGAGCAGUUCAAAGAAUGGUUAUACUUCAUUGGAAGCUGUACUGUUGUAUGUUCCUGCUGGUUACGAGUGUGUGGAUCUCUCAUUAUAUAAGGAUAGUCAAAUUGUCUUGUUGUUAAAUGGGGCAUCUGCGUCAUCUGAAAGUUCUGGAGAUGCUUGUAUGAUGAUUGUGCAAGCUAGCGAGCUUCCAUUUAUAUCUAUUUCAAGAUUCACCGACUUAAACUUAUGGAACUUGUAUCAACUGAAGGAUUCUACUGUGCAACUGCAAAUGGAGAACGAAAAAGUUCGCAAUAUUCCUCACUCUGUAAUUGCUCCCUUGGCAGUUAGUGCAUCCAGAGGUGUUGCAUGUGUUUUUGCUGCAAGAAAGCGUGCCUUGGUCUACAUCCUAGAGGAAGAUGAAGAAGAAGUUCCAGACACAGAAUGAUUGCCUCUCUCCCCAGUCGCUACCCCUUUCGGUGAAUUUUAUCAAACCUUGUUGCUAAGAACAAAUCUGCUGCUCUAUGAGUUCGAUUUUAUUUCAUAUUUAUUUCUGUGCAUCACUAUUGCGCUAAUUCCCAAUCAACUACAAGGUGAUCAAUUCUAAUAUCCGUGUAAUAGAAAAUCUGCUGUUCGAAUUGUUGUUCCUUUGAAUAGGCCAACUCUUCCUCUGCAAAUGGCAAAGAACAAAAAAAUCAUACGAUUUCUUA